AUGCAUCGCACAAUCUUUGUUCUGUGUGUGCCUCUCGUUUGCUUCCUAUUAGUCUCAACCAGUCUAUACCUGGGUCGCGACCAUAUAACUCGACUCUCAGAAACAUACCUUCCUCUUUACGCACCCGGCCUUGCAACAACGUCUACAGAAAUAACAUCCUCUCCCUCAAGUUCCACAUCAAUAUUAGCAUACACAGUUUACGCUGAGAAGCCAACUCCAUAUACAAACAUCGACUCUCCCACAUCAACAGCAUCAUCUUCUACUGCCUCAGCUACACCAACAAAAUCCGCCAUCCCCAUUGCAAAUGGUUCUGUCUUGUCUACUGAGCGCCUCACUCCUUACAUCCACGCCAUUCUCGAUCCCUUAUCGAAAGAGCGCCUGAGGUUGCAAUGUCCUCCCUUGGAUACCAAGCGAUACAAGAGCCUUCAAAGCAAUAAAAACACUCGCAAAAACGACGACGAUGAGCAACCCAUUGAUUUUUACUUUGCCCUUAAUUUGCGCAAUGUCGUCAACCUUCUCCCUCGUCUCAUGGGUAGUAUCGUUGAAACAAUAAAGUACCUCGGGCCCGAGCGAUGUGCUCUGUCAAUUGUCGAAGGCAAUUCCCCUGAUGGCACGGCCGAUGUUCUUGUCGCUUUACACCCGUUCUUGGAAGAAUUGGGUAUAAGAUACUUUUACAACAACUCGGCCAUUAAUCCGUCUAAAGGACCACGCAUUCGCAAGCUGGCCCAGUUGCGUAAUCUGGCACUUGAACCGCUCUUUAAGAAGAAAGUGCCAGCUUCCGAUGAGACCACUGUCCUCUUCAUCAACGAUGUUGCAGCAUGCCCCGACGAUUUACUCGAGCUUGUGCACCAGAAGCGCAAUCUAAAUGCCGACAUGACCUGUGCGAUGGACUUUACAUACGCCGGUCCAGACCCUACCUUCUAUGAUGUUUGGGUGGCCAGAACACUUGCCGGAGACACCUUCUUUCCCAUCCCCAAAGAUGGAUCAUGGGACAAUGCAUGGGAUUUAUUUAGAGGAAACAGAGAAGCCCGCAUGGCAUACGACGCUCAUCUUCCGUUCCAAGUAUUCGCUUGCUGGAAUGGAGCUACCGCAUUCACAGCUGCACCGAUCCUCCACGGCCUACGCUUCCGAGACCCCAUGAAGGACGAGUGCUUCCAGGGCGAACCCCAGCUAUUUUGCAAGGAUUUAUGGCACAAGGGAUACAGAAAGAUCGCGGUAGUUCCCAGUGUGAGUCUGGAGUAUACAGAUGCAAGGGGACACGACAUCAAGAAGCUCAAGGGCUUCACAAACGAGGUGGUGCAGCAUAUGGACGAGAGCAAAGCCCAUAUUGAUUGGCAGUACGAACCUCCCGAGAAGGUCAAGUGUAUGCCUUCCUUCGAUCGACAGUCCUGGCUCCCUUGGGAUGAGUCGCUGAAGGGACGACGGUAA